GCUCCUCUAGGCGGGGCAGGUGGUGGUUGGAGUGUUUACUUCCGACUUCGCUCGAGUUAUAUCUGUACGCGAACCAUGGUCAGUUUCUGAGGUGGCAUAUGGUUACGAAGAGAGAACCAAAUUCUAGCCCUCUAUUGACGUCAGGUCUUUUCUCUGCGCGGCUUCAUUUCCUCCAGCCACAUUCUACAUGAGCUUUUAGAAUUUUCUCCCCAGUGCCAACGCAUCAAUUCGCGCUUCCUCCAGCAUGUCCAAAACCGCCCUCGUCUUCGGCGCCUCCGGCGUAACAGGCUGGUCCUUCAUAAAUGAAAUCCUACACGACUACCCCAAACCCGGGAUCUGGAAGCGCGUACACGCACUCACGAACCGUCCCCUCUCCCAUUCGCAAUCACAAUGGCCAAAUGAUUCGCGCCUCAACAUCGUGUCCGGCAUCGAUUUACUGGAGGGCAGCCAAGAAGAGCUCGAAGCCACGAUUAAAGAGAAGAUUCCGGAUGUGGGCGAGGUCACUCAUGCGUAUUAUUUGGCGUAUAAGGCGGGCACGGAUAUGCAGAAGGAGUUGGAGGAGGCGGUGGCAAUGUGGAAGAGGAGUACGAUGGCAAUGGAUCAUUUGAGUGCGAAUUUGGAGUUUGUGGUGCUGCAGACGGGGGCGAAGAUGUAUGGCUGUCAUCUCCUCGAAAACUACCCGACCGAUUACCUCCACGUACCCCACAAAGAAUCGCAACCACGCCUGAAGCAACCAUACCACGACCUCCUUUUCUACCAUCCGCAACUGGACUGGGUGGCCGAAUACGCGAAAGACAAGAAGUGGAGCUGGUGCGAUACGCGACCAGAUAUCAUCAUCGGGUUCGUGCCGAACCAGAACUUCUACAGCUUGGGUACGGUUUUAGGGAUAUACCUAGCGUUGUGGAGAGACGUAAACGGAGAGGGUGCGGAAUGCCCCUUCCCAGGCACUGCGAAGAGCUGGAAAGCCCUCAGCAACGACAGCUCCUCGGACAUGAUCGCACGGCAGACCUUGCACCUCUCGCUGAACCCGGAUAAAGUGGAGAAGGGGACAGGAUACAACGUCGCAGACUCCAAGACUCCGUCUUCCUGGUCUAAGAAAUGGCCGAUCCUCUGCUCAUACUUCAACCUCGAGGGCACCGGUCCCUCCCCCAAUCCGCCCGAGGUGCGCAAGUUCAUCAAAGAACACAUAGACGUGUGGCACAAGCUGGAGAAGGAAAAGGGGUUACAAACCGGUCACGCAGACUCUCCAAUGACAUUCCCAGGGUUUGAGUACUUCCUCAUGACGCAGUUCGACUUCGACAGACAGUAUGAUAUGACAAAGACGUAUGAAACAGGAUUCACCGAAGAUAGAGAUACGCUGCAGGCUUGGGGUGGAGUGUUUGAUCGGAUGAGGAAGGCGAAGAUUAUUCCCUAGGGUGGAGGUAGAUAGCGAAUAGUGAAUCUCGUGGUCCUGGUGAACAUGGCAUCCUGCUUGUAAGCUGAUGGAGUUUUGCACUAAGUGAGAGCUUAUUUCCCAGCAUUUCAUUGCAACUCAUCGAACUGUAUUUUCUGAUUGGGC